UCAACAAAAAUGGGGAGGAUCAACUUGAUUCUCUUGUGGUUCGUGGCGGUUGACCAAAGCUUUUCUGCAACCAUUCCUAUUGGUGAUGAGAAUGUGCGCAAGGAACUUUGUCUAACUAAGACUUGCAUUCAAUUGACCAGCCAACUUUUCGACAACAUGAACCUAAAAGCUGAUCCAUGCCAUGAUUUCUACGAGUUCACUUGUGGUAAUUUUGUACGCACCAAAGAGAUCCCUGAGGACAAAGGUCAGGUCAACGGGUUUGAAAGGGUCAAGAAUUUGUUUGAGAAACAAGGAAAAGCUCUCUUGGAAAAAGAACAACCCGAAGGAGAUUGGGAGAUCUUCAAGCAUUUCCGAACUCACUAUAAGGCCUGCAUGAAUGAAUCGGCCAUUGAGGAGAAGAGUUUGACCUUGAUCAAGACCAAGCUGGAAUCAUUGGGAGGUUGGCCGAUUCUGAAAGGAGAAGAUUGGUCGGACGAAGAUUUCCGUUUAGAGGAUUAUCUUGUGACAGCAAUUCAAGAGGGUGUCCGCUCUUUUUCCUUGUUUGAGAUAUCCGUAGAAAUUGAUGAAAAGACCAAUGACAGCCAUGUGAUCAAGCUCGAUCAAGCUAUGUUCGGAAUUAGUAGGGAGUUUCUAGCACAGGGUCGUCAGGAAAGAACUGUCCAGGCUUAUCGCAAAUACAUGAAUGAAACGGCCCAACAUUUCGGAGUUAAAUCCGAGAACCUGGACGAAUUAGACAAAGUCCUUGAUUUGGAAAUAGAAUUGGCUGGCAUUGCUCUCAGUCAAGAGAAUCGAAGAAAUCCUAUUCUUCGUUAUAAUGAGUUAAAAGCUGAAGAAAUCCCAUCCACGAUUGUCCCUUCUUGGACUAAACUGAUGCAAAAGAUAUUCCAAAAUGAAACCAUUACUGGAGAGGAGAAAGUGGUCAUUAAAGAUCUGGAUUACUUUCGCAACUUGGAAAGUGUCCUUGAAGGGUACAGUCGGCGGACNGUCAAUUCAUCCCGGGCACCAGGCGAGCCUUGGAGACCCCGCUCGCCUUUGCAAUUGGCAGCAAUUGUGGCCGAAAUAGCCUCUGUGGAUGAAAUGGCCUCUGCCUUUGUCAAAGAGACGNUCCGCUCUUUUUCCUUGUUUGAGAUAUCCGUAGAAAUUGAUGAAAAGACCAAUGACAGCCAUGUGAUCAAGCUCGAUCAAGCUAUGUUCGGAAUUAGUAGGGAGUUUCUAGCACAGGGUCGUCAGGAAAGAACUGUCCAGGCUUAUCGCAAAUACAUGAAUGAAACGGCCCAACAUUUCGGAGUUAAAUCAGAAAAACUGGACGAAUUAGACAAAGUCCUUGAUUUGGAAAUAGAAUUGGCUGGCAUUGCUCUCAGUCAAGAGAAUCGAAGAAAUCCUAUUCUUCGUUAUAAUGAGUUAAAAGCUGAAGAAAUCCCAUCCACGAUUGUCCCUUCUUGGUCUAAACUGAUGCAAAAGAUAUUCCAAAAUGAAACCAUUACUGGAGAGGAGAAAGUGGUCAUUAAAGAUCUGGAUUACUUUCGCAACUUGGAAAGUGUCCUUGAAGGGUACAGUCGGCGGACCUUGGCUAACUUUCUUGGAUGGACAAUGAUCAAAAAUUUGGAUUCCUAUUUGGACUCCUUCAUGCUGGACAAGAAGCAAGAAUUACAAGCAGUUUUAAAAGGGACGAGGUCACAACCUCUUCGAUGGAAAAGAUGUGUCAAGGCUGUCGGGUUUAACAAUUACGAUCCCAAAUCCUUCAAAAUCGGCGUGGGAAGCAUGCACGUCCUAGAGUACUUCCCUCCCAAGGCCAAAGAGAUCGUGGAGGGUAUGUUGAGGAGGAUUAGGGCCACAUUCUCCGAACUCAUUGUCAAUUCCAAUUGGAUGGAUGACGCAACCAUUGGCGAAGCUCAAGCCAAAUUGGACCGGAUGGACCAAAUGAUAGGAUAUCCGGAUGAGUUGUUAGACGAGGAGAAGGUCACGAGUCUUUACGAAGGCUUAGAGGUGUCUGACGAUCAGUACCUGCAAAAUCAUUUGACCGCAACUAAGAUAUACGACAAAAUAAAACUGCAAAGGCUUCGCAAACCUGCUUCGGAAUUCAAAUGGACUUACAUGAGUACUUCUGCUCUGGUCAAUGCAUUUAACAAAUGGGAAAUCAACACCAUGCUCUUCAAUGCGGCCUUUCUUCAAGAUAUUUUCUUCCAAACUGAGGCUCCUAUGUACAAGAACUAUGGGGCAGUGGGUGUGGCUAUUGGUCACGAGAUCACACAUGGAUUUGACAAUAACGGGCGGAAAUUUGACCUUGACGGUAAACUCAGAAAUUGGUGGACCAACGACACAGACAAAGCCUUUGAUGUCAAAAAAGAGUGCCUGGUCGACCAGUACGAAGGCCUUGAAGUCAAACAAGUUGGCAAGAAUGUCAAUGGACGUUUGACUUUGGGAGAGAAUAUUGCCGAUUUUGGUGGCGUGCGCUCUUCUCACAUGGCAUUUGAGAAAUACUUGACCGAAAAUAAUGAAACACAGGUCUUGCCCGGUCUACCUUUCACCCCUUUGCAACUGUAUUGGAUCUUCUUUGGACAGUCUUGGUGCACUGUCGCUCGAGAUGAGAAGAUCAGGGACAAGCUGCUGAAUGACAAACAUUCGCCUCCCCAAUUCCGGAUCAACGGGCCCUUAUCGAACUAUGAAGGCUUUGCCAAGGACUUUGGAUGUAAACCAGGUGAUCAGAUGGUCAAAGAAACCCAAUGCCGAAUCUGGUAACUUGAAAUGAUAAACCUUGGGCAGGAAUCAGUUGAAUAAAUAUGCACCCGACAAUUUGGGCUAUGGCAGUCGA